CCGCAGCCGCGGCGCGGCCAGGGUGACACACCGGGAUUACCGCCCAGAGAGACAGUCGUGGCGGGCGAGCAGCGCUCCCCGGCUUCCCUGUUUGCCUCAGGCCAGAGUUGAGCGGCCCGGCUCCGGAGGGUUUGGGGAAGCCCUUGGAGGCGCGCGGGGCAGCCGAGGGUGCGCGAGCGCUCCAGGGUCUGGCGGUCGGCCGGGGUCGCCGCCGGAGCGGUGUUUCGGAGGCGUGGAGGAGGAGGAGAUGCUGCUUCUCUUCCCCCGCUCCCCAGGCUCCUUCUCCAGCUUCUUCGGCCCACGCCCGCAGCCGCUUGGGGGAGAGGAGGUGGUGGCUCUCGGCGCCCGCGGCGGCUGCCCGCGGCCCGCCCCGACGCCGCGUCCCGGCUGCCCUUGCCCCGUGCGCCAGUAGCCGGACCGGGUCUCCGGACAAGCGGGUAAUAUGCACGUGUCACUAGCUGAGGCCCUGGAAGUUCGGGGUGGACCACUGCAGGAGGAAGAAAUAUGGGCUGUAUUAAAUCAAAGUGCCGAAAGCCUCCAAGAGCUAUUCAGAAAAGUAAGCAUAGCUGACCCCGCUGCUCUUGGCUUCAUCAUUUCUCCAUGGUCUCUGCUGCUCCUGCCGUCUGGCAGUGUGUCAUUUACAGAUGAAAAUAUUUCCAAUCAGGAUCUUCGUGCAUUCACUGCACCAGAGGUUCUUCAGAGUCAAUCACUCACUUCUCUCUCCGAUGUUGAAAAGAUCCAUAUUUAUUCUCUCGGAAUGACAUUGUAUUGGGGAGCUGAUCAUGAAGUACCUCAGAGCCAACCUAUCAAGCUUGGAGAUCAUCUCAACAGUAUACUGCUUGGAAUGUGCGAGGAUGUGAUUUAUGCUCGGGUUUCUGUUCGGACUGUCCUGGAUGCUUGCAGUGCCCACAUUAGGAAUAGCAAUUGUGCACCUUCAUUUUCCUACGUGAAGCAGUUGGUAAAACUGGUUCUGGGAAAUCUUUCUGGGAUGGAUCAGCUUUCCCGUAGCAGCGAGGAAAAGCCUGACCGAAGCCAGGCUAUCCGAGACCGAUUGAGAGGAAAAGGAUUACCAACAGGAAGAAGCUCUACUUCUGAUGUUCUAGACACAUACAAGUCUCCAUUCUGUCAUCAGGCCUUUCUUAACAAAGGGCUUAGUAAAUCCAUGGGAUUUCUAUCUAUCAAAGACACACAAGAUGAGGAAGAUUAUUUCAAGGACCUUUCAUCAGAUAAUAACUCUGGACAAGAAGAUUCGGAAAAUUCCUGCUCCCCUUACCCGUUCAAAUCUAGUGGCCCAGAAAAAAAAGCUGUCACUGGCAUUGAUGUGCUUCCCAAAAAGAAGAUCUGGGCUUCGUCCAUGGACCUGCUUUGCACAGGUGACAGAGACUUCUCUUCUCGGGAGACUGACAGAUACCAGCACUGUCUUCCUAAGGCGGUUACAGUGCGGACUUCAACCACUCCUAGGAAAAAGGAGGCAAGAUACUCGGAUGGAAGCCUAGCCUUGGAUAUCUUUGGCCCUCAGAAAAUGGACCCAGCAUUUCACACACGGGAAUUGCCCACCUCCUCGGCAAUAUCAAGUGCUUUGGACCGAAUCCGAGAAAGACAAAAGAAACUUCAGGUUCUGAGAGAAGCCAUGAAUGUAGAAGAACCAGUUCAAAGAUACAAAACUUACCACAGUGAUCUCUUUAGUACGUCCAGUGAAACUCCAUCUAUUAUUUCCUCUGAAUCGGAUUUCAGGCAAGUGAGAAAAAGUGAAACUUCAAAGAGAUUUGAAUCCAACAGUGGUCUCCCAGGUGUAGAUGAAACCCCAAGUCAAGGCCAGUCACAGAGACCAAGACAAUAUGAAACACCCCUUGAAGGCAACUUAAUUAAUCAAGAGAUCAUGCUAAAACGGCAAGAAGAAGAAAUGAUACAGCUGCAAGCCAGAAUGGCCCUUAGACAGUCUCGGUUGAGCCUGUAUCCAGGGGACACUAUCAAAGCUUCCAUGCUUGAUAUCACCAGGGAUCCCUUAAGAGAAAUAGCCCUAGAAACAGCCAUGACCCAAAGAAAACUGAGAAAUUUUUUUGGUCCUGAGUUUGUGAAAAUGACAAUUGAACCAUUUAUAUCUUUGGAUUUGCCACGGUCUAUCCUUACCAAGAAAGGGAAGAAUGAAGAUAACCGAAGAAAAGUAAACAUAAUGCUUCUAAAUGGACAGAGGCUGGAACUGACUUGUGAUACCAAAACAAUUUGUAAAGAUGUGUUUGAUAUGGUCGUGGCCCAUAUUGGCUUAGUGGAACAUCAUUUGUUUGCCUUAGCUACCCUCAAAGAUAAUGAAUAUUUCUUUGUUGAUUCUGAUCUAAAAUUAACCAAAGUGGCCCCAGAGGGAUGGAAAGAAGAACCAAAGAAAAAGAGCAAAGCCUCCGUUAACUUUACUUUGUUUUUCCGAAUUAAAUUUUUCAUGGAUGAUGUUAGUCUGAUACAACAUACUCUGACCUGUCAUCAGUAUUAUCUUCAGCUGCGAAAAGACAUCUUGGAGGAGAGGAUACACUGUGAUGAUGAGACUUCUUUAUUGCUAGCAUCCUUGGCUCUCCAAGCUGAGUAUGGGGAUUAUCAACCGGAGGUUCAUGGAGUGUCAUAUUUUAGACUGGAACAUUACUUGCCUCCACGAGUGAUGGAGAAACUUGAUUUGUCCUAUAUUAAAGAAGAGCUACCCAAAUUGCACAAUACCUACAUGGGAGCCUCUGAAAAAGAGACAGAGUUAGAAUUUUUAAAGGUCUGCCAAAGACUGACAGAAUACGGAGUUCAUUUUCACCGGGUACACCCUGAGAAAAAGUCACAAACAGGAAUACUGCUUGGAGUCUGCUCUAAAGGUGUCCUCGUGUUUGAGGUUCACAAUGGAGUUCGCACACUGGUCCUUCGCUUUCCGUGGCGGGAAACCAAGAAGAUUUCUUUUUCUAAAAAGAAAAUCACGUUGCAGAAUACUUCAGAUGGAAUAAAGCACGCCUUCCAGACAGACAACAGUAAGAUAUGCCAGUACCUGCUGCACCUCUGCUCUUCCCAGCACAAGUUCCAGCUGCAACUGAGAGCAAGACAGAGCAACCAAGAUGCCCAGGAUAUUGAGAGAGCUUCGUUUAGGAGCCUGAACCUCCAAGCAGAGUCCGUUAGAGGAUUCAGUGUGGGACGAGCAGUCAGCACUGGUAGUCUGGCCAGCAGCACCCUGAACAAACUUGCCGUUCGACCUCUGUCGGUUCAAGCUGAGAUUCUGAAGAGGCUCUCCUGCUCAGAGCGGUCGCUUUACCAGCCAUUGCAAAACAGUGCAAAGGAGAAGAGCGGCAAAACUGCAUGGGAGGAAAAGCCUAGAGGGAUGAGUAAAUCAUACCACGAUCUCAGUCAGGCCUCUCUCUACCCUCACCGGAAAAAUGUCAAUGUUAACACGGAACCCCCACCACAAACCGUGGCGGAGUUGGUAGGAAAACCGCUUCACCAGAUGGCGAGAUCUGACACAGAAUCUCUGGCAGGAGUCACAAAACUCAAUAAUUCAAAGUCUGUUGCAAGUUUAAAUAGAAGUCCUGAGAGGAGGAAACAGGAAUCAGACUCCUCAUCCUUUGAAGACCUUGGUCAAGCAUAUGUUCUAGGAAUGACUUUGCAUAGUUCUGGAAAUUCUUCAUCCCAAGUACCCUUAAAAGAAAAUGAUGUGCUACACAAAAGAUGGAGCAUAGCAUCUUCACCAGAAAGGGAGAUCACCCUGGUUAACCUGAAAAAAGAUGCACAGUAUGGCUUAGGAUUUCAAAUUAUUGGUGGAGAAAAGAUGGGAAGACUGGAUCUAGGUGUAUUUAUUAGUUCAGUUACUCCUGGAGGACCAGCUGACUUGGAUGGAUGCUUAAAGCCAGGAGACCGUUUGAUAUCUGUGAAUAGUGUCAGUCUGGAGGGGGUCAGCCACCAUGCCGCAGUUGAAAUUUUGCAAAAUGCACCUGAAGAUGUGACCCUUGUUAUCUCUCAGCCAAAAGAAAAGCUAUCCAAAGUGCCUUCCCCUCCUGUGCACGUGGCCAACGGCAUGAAAAGCUACAUGAAAAAGCCUUCCCACCUGCAAGACAACACUGCAAAUUCUUCUGAGGAUCACUGCUGGCCACGGGGCACCGCGAGGCACAUCCCAGAGAGCUCGUUUGGGCUGUCUGGCGGCCUUCGGGAGGGAAGCCUGAGCUCUCAGGAUUCCAGGACUGAAAGUGCCAGCUUGUCACAGAGCCAGGUCAAUGGGUUCUUUGCCAGCCAUGCAGGUGACCGCAGCUGGCAGGACUCGCAGCGUGGCAGCCCUUCCCCAUCCGUGAUAUCCAAAGCUACGGAGAAAAAGUGGACUUCUACUGACAGUAACCGAAGCAAAGCUAAAAAUACAGGCAUUUCUGAUGCACCGGAUUACUCUGACCGUGGAGAUUCAGACAUGGAUGAAGCCACUUAUUCCAGCAGUCAGGAUCAUCACAUACCAAAAAAGGAAUCUUCCUCCUCCAUGAAUACAUCCAACAAAAUGAAUUUUAAAACUUUUCCUUCAUCACCUCCUAAACCUGGAGAUAUCUUUGAGGUUGAACUGGCUAAAAAUGAUAACAGCUUGGGGAUAAGUGUCACGGUACUGUUUGACAAGGGAGGUGUGAAUACCAGUGUCAGACAUGGUGGCAUUUAUGUGAAAGCCGUUAUUCCCAAGGGAGCAGCAGAGUCUGAUGGCAGAAUUCACAAAGGUGAUCGUGUCCUCGCUGUGAAUGGAGUUAGUCUAGAAGGGGCUACCCACAAGCAAGCUGUGGAAACACUGAGAAAUACAGGACAGGUGGUUCAUCUGUUGUUAGAAAAAGGACAGUCUCCAGCAUCCAAAGAACAUGUCCCCCAGUGUACCCUCUCAGAUCCGGAUACCCAAGGUCAAGCCCCAGAAAAAAUGAUGAAGAAGAUGACUCAUGUCAAAGACUACAGCUUUGUUACUGAAGAGAAUACAUUUGAGGUGAAAUUGCUGAAAAAUAGCUCAGGCCUAGGAUUCAGUUUUUCUCGAGAGGAUAAUCUUAUACCCGAGCAAAUGAACACCAGCAUAGUAAGGGUUAAAAAGCUCUUUCCUGGACAGCCAGCAGCAGAAAGUGGACAAAUUGAUGUGGGAGAUGUUAUCUUGAAAGUGAAUGGAGCCUCUUUGAAAGGACUGUCUCAACAGGAGGUCAUAUCUGCUCUCAGGGGAACGUCUCCAGAAGUAUCCUUGCUCCUCUGUAGACCUCCACCUGGGGUGCUUCCAGAAAUUGACCCUGCUCUUUCGACCCCGCUGCACUCUCCAGCCCAAGUACCCCUGAACAACAGCAAAGACCCUCCUCAGACAGCGUGUGCGGAGCAAGGCACCAGCUCAGAUGAAAAUGAGAUGCCUGACAAGACCAGGAGCCCGUGCACGUCCGCAUCCAGGAGAGACAGUUCCAGCAGCAGUGGGGGUGGAGAGGACGACUUAGCGGAGGCUCCGGCAAAGAUACCGGAUAUCGGCUGGAGUUCAGCUUUGCAUCAGACUCUAAGCAGCAUGAUGUCACAGGCGCAGCGUCAUCACGACACACUCAGGAGUCACGAAGACCCCAUUUGUACCAUGUUUUACUAUCCUCAGAAAAUACCUAAUAAGUCAGAACAUGAGGGCAGUAACCCUCCUUCCCCUCAACCACUGGAUGUAACUCCUGGGCAGAGCUGUCAAUCUCAAUCAGAAUCUGUUUCCAUAAAUGCAAUGGAUAAAUAUCAUACACAUCACACUUCUGAACCAACUAGACAAGAAAGCUUGACAUCUUUGAAAAAUGACUUGGAAAACCACCUUGAAGACUUUGAACUGGAGGUAGAACUCCUGAUUACCCUAAAUAAGUCGGAAAAAGGAAGCCUGGGCUUCACAGUAACCAAAGGCAAUCAGAGCAUUGGUUGUUACGUUCAUGAUGUCAUUCAGGAUCCAGCCAAAAGUGAUGGGAGGCUGAGACCUGGGGACCGGCUCAUCAAGGUUAAUGAUACAGAUGUUACAAACAUGACUCACACAGAUGCAGUGAACCUACUCCGAGCUGCGCCCAGGACAGUCAGAUUAGUUCUUGGCCGAGUUCUGGAAUUACCCAGGAUGCCAGUGCUGCCUCAUUUGCUACCUGAUGUCACAUUUACGUGCAACAGAGAGGAGCUGGGUUUUUCCUUAUCUGGAGGUCGUGACAGUCUUCAUCAAGUGGUGUAUGUUAGUGAUAUCAAUCCAAGGUCAGUUGCAGCCACGGAGGGUAAUCUCCAGCUCUUAGACAUCAUCCACUAUGUGAACGGAGUCAGCACACAGGGCAUGACUCUGGAGGAAGCUAAGCGAACAUUGGACCUGUCACUUCCUUCGGUGGUACUGAAAGCUACAAGAGAUGGUCAUCCGGUGGUUCCCAGUUCCAAGAGGUCUUCUCUUUCAGCUUCAAAGUCAGCCAAAGCCAAUGGCCCUCACAUCAUGGAGCCUUGUGGCAAACCUUCACUCACACCUAAUAACUCAUUCUCCAAGGUUAAUGGAGAAGAAAUCAUUGAAAUUUUGUACCCUGAAGGAAAAUGUUCUACCUAUCAGACAAAGGAAUCAGCAAACCUGAUUCUGUACAAAGAAUCUGAUGGACAAGAAGAUGAGAACUAUGAUGAUCCUCAAGAAGCUGAAGUUAUCCAGUCUUUGCUGGAUGUUGUGGAUGAGGAAGCUCAGAAUCUUUUAAACCAAAAUAAUGCAGCAGGAGAUGCCUGUGUUCCAGGUGCAUUGAAAGCCAAUGGGAAGUUAUCUGAAGAGAGAGCAGAAGAUACAUACUGUGAUGGUUCCCCUUUACCUGAAGAUUUUACAGAGUCUACCAAAAUGAAUGGCUGUGAAGAGCACUGUGAAGAAAAAGGUAAAAGUGAAAGCUUAAUUCAAAAGUCAGAAGAAAAGAAGACUGAGGAUGAUGAAAUAACAUGGGGAAGUGAUGAAUUGCCAAUAGAAACAACAGAACAUGAAGAUUCCAAUAAAGAGCAUCCCUUUCUGACAAAUGAGGAACUCACCACACUCCCCAUCGUCAAAGUUCUUCCCUCCGGGAAAUACACUGGUGCCAAGCUGAAGUCAGUCAUUCGAAUGUUGCGGGGUUUACUCGACCAAGGAAUCCCAUCUAAGGAGCUGGAGAAUCUUCAAGAAUUAAAACCUUUGGAUCAAUGUCUAAUUGGACAGACGAAGGAAAACAGAAGGAAGAACCGAUAUAAAAAUAUACUGCCCUAUGACGCUACCAGAGUGCCUCUGGGAGAUGAAGGUGGAUAUAUCAACGCCAGCUUCAUCAAGAUACCAGUGGGGAGAGAAGAGUUUGUCUACAUCGCCUGCCAAGGACCUCUCCCCACAACCGUUGGAGAUUUCUGGCAGAUGAUUUGGGAACAGAACUCCACAGUGAUAGCCAUGAUGACCCAAGAAGUAGAAGGGGAAAAAGUCAAAUGCCAGCGCUAUUGGCCUAACGUCCUAGGCAAAUCGACCAUGGUCAGCGACAGACUUCGACUGGCUCUCGUGAGAGUACAGCAGCUGAAGGGCUUCGUAGUGAGGGCAAUGACCCUGGAAGACAUUCAGACAGGAGAAGUACGACAUAUUUCUCAUCUGAAUUUUACUGCCUGGCCAGACCACGAUACACCUUCCCAGCCAGACGACUUGUUGACGUUUAUCUCCUACAUGAGACACGUUCACAGAUCCGGCCCAAUUAUCACACACUGCAGCGCGGGCAUUGGACGUUCAGGGACCCUGAUAUGCAUAGAUGUGGUUCUAGGAUUAAUCAGUCAAGAUCUUGAAUUCGACAUCUCUGACUUAGUGCGCUGCAUGCGACUACAGAGACACGGAAUGGUUCAGACAGAGGAUCAAUAUAUUUUCUGCUAUCAAGUCAUCCUUUAUGUCCUGACACGUCUUCAAGCUGAAGAAGAGCAAAAAGAGCAGCCCCAGCCUCUGAAAUGACAUGAGAAGAACAGCCUUCUAGAUGUCUGUCCAUUUCUUUGCUCUCUACUUAAAGGUCACAGGACAGCAAGUCCAUAAAACCUCAUUAUGCUUAUUCUCCUCUACCUUAGAGGGGUGUUCUUAAUAACAGUAAAUAAUGGUGACAUGCUGUAUUUUUACAGCUGCUUCAACCUGUGAUAAGUAUCAGAGAUUUUUUUAACACUAACUAAAUAAUGCAGAUCUUAGGGAUGAUUAAGGCAGCAUUUGAUUAUAGACAUAUCGAGUCUAUUUUUCAUGCACCAAUCUUGUUUAUAGCAAAAUUAUUUUCCAGUAUUUUUUUAAAAACUAGAGCUAUUUUAUAGGGGAUACUUGAAGCCAGUAUUUAAGCUUUAAAUGACAGUAAUAUUGGCAUAGAAAAAAAGGUAGCAAACGUUUACUGUAUCAAUUUCUAAUGUUUACUAUCUAGAACUUCCUGUAAUAUAUUUAUAUACUUUUCCAUGAAUAUAGAGAUACCAAAUAUGUUUGUAACUGCAUCAUGUUAUACAUCAGCUCACUUUGUAAAUAAAAAUACACCUUAAAACAUGAACAAGCCAAAA